AUGGAAAAGACGAAUCGAGCUGACAUUGUGAUAUCUCAAGAUACACUGUACUGUUUGUUGCUACUGGUCAGCACCGUUGGUGGAUCGUACCUCGGCUUCAAUAGGUACUUGCGACAAUACCAAUCAGCUAGGCAGAUUCCUGCAUCGAUUUUCAAGAAGAGAUGGCUGUACGGUAAGGUCACCUCUGUGGGAGAUGGUGACAACUUCCAUUUUUACCACUUACCUGGUGGGCGAAUUGGUGGGUGGGGUUGGUUGAGAUCAGUACCGCGACUGGAUAAAGCUGAAUUUACUUCAAACAAGAACAUCAAAACCACGGGACAAUCUGGUUGGUUUAAAAAGCUGAGGUUUAACCGAAAUAACAAUAUAGUGACUAGAUCCAAUUACUAUAUGAGUCUACAACCAGCAAUGAAGGGGAAGAUUAAACUGCCCACGAUCCCGGUCAGAUUAUGCGGUGUGGACGCCCCUGAAAGGGCACAUUUUGGGAACCCGUCACAACCAUUCAGUGAUGAGGCAUUGAAUUGGCUCCGCUAUACGAUACUGGCAAAGCGUGUCUGGAUCAAACCGUUGAGUAUUGACCAAUAUAACCGAUGUGUUGCGCGGGCCGUGUACUGGUCCUGGUUAGGCGGCUGGAAAGAUAUAAGUUUACAAAUGGUGAAAGAAGGGCUAGCAGUAGUAUAUGAGGGCAAAAGUGGAGCCGAAUUCGAUGGCCAGGAGAGGAAGUACCGAUUCAACGAGUUCUUGGCAAAAUCGCAAAAGAAGGGUCUCUGGAUUCAAAAGAAAUUGCUUACCCCUGGAGAAUACAAGAAGAGGAACAAAAAUUCAUGA